CUGGGGGUUCCCAGGGUAUGUGUGUCGAGGGGAAGGUUCCCCCGGGCGUGCUGCUGCCCUGCUAGCUCUUGGCAGAGCGGGCUGAGCAGUCGCGGGGAGCUGCAUGGAGGACCCCAACGGCGUCGGGCCCGGGGCUACCAGCCCCCCUGGGAACGGUUGCAGCAACGGAGGAGGAGGAGGCGGCGGCGGCAGCAAGGGAAAGCAGGCGUCGCCCAAGGGCCGGGAAAUGUUCAAGAACCAGCGGAGGGAGUCUGAGGGCUCUGUGGACUGUCCCAACCUGGAGUUUGAGUACGGGGAUGCUGAUGAACAUGGGGCCGAGUUGUCAGAGCUGUACAGCUACACCGAGAACCCAGAAUUCACUGUCAACCGGCACUGCUUUGAAGAGGAUUUCAGGACUCAAGUACAAGGCAGGGGUUGGCUGGAACUGGAGGAGGCCUCACAGAAAGCUUAUAUAAUGCGUCUCUUGGACCGGCUGGAAGUGGUUAACAGGGAGCAGCGGCUGAAGGUGUCCCGGGCUAUCCUCUAUCUGGCCCAGGGCACCUUUGGUGAAUGUGACACGGAGGCUGACGUCCUGCACUGGUCCCGAUAUAACAGCUUUCUGCUCUACCAGAUGGGAACCUUCACUGCCUUCCUAGAGCUACUACACAUGGAGACUGACAACAGUCAGGCCUACAGCAGUGCCCUCCGGAAACCAGCCAUCUCCCUUGCAGACAGCACAGAGCUCAGGGUGCUGCUCAGUGUCAUGUACCUGAUGGUGGAAAACAUUCGCCUGGAACGGGAGACAGACCCUGGCGGAUGGAGGGCAGCCCGGGAAACCUUCCGAACAGAGCUUAGUUUCCCAGUGCACAGUGAGGAGCCAUUUGUUCUCCUGCUUUUCUCUAUGAUCACCAAAUUCUGCAGUGGCCUUGCCCCUCACUUCCCCAUGAAGAAGGUCCUGCUUCUGCUCUGGAAGGUGGUCCUGUUUACCCUGGGUGGUUUUGAGAUCCUACAGGCCUUGAAGAUACAGAAAAGGGCAGAAUUUGGGCUGCCCCCACUGUCGGAGGACAGCAUCCAGGUGGUCCGCAGCAUGAGGGCCGCCUCACCCCCCUCUUAUACCCUGGACCUGGGAGAGUCACAGAUGGCUCCGCAGACCUCCAAACAACGAGGCCGCCGGGGGCGAAAGCUCCUCACAAAGCAGGACAGCCUGGACAUCUACAAUGAGCGUGAUCUCUUCAAGAAUGAGGAGCCUCCCCCAGAGGAGGAGGAAGAGGCAGGAGAGGGGGAGAACAACCUGGAUGGAGAGCUUGACCUGCUGGAGCGGGGACCCCUGGUCCCAUCUCUACCCUCCCAGACUCCCACCACAGAGCAUGUGACUUUCCCCAAAGGUUUACCAUGGGCCCCCAAGGUCAGACAGAAGGACAUCGAGCACUUCUUGGAGAUAAGCAGGAACAAAUUCAUCGGCUUCACCCUGGGCCAGGACACAGAUACCUUGGUGGGAUUGCCGAGGCCCAUCCAUGAAAGUGUGAAGACCUUGAAGCAGCACAAGUACAUCUCCAUUUCUGACGUUCAGAUCAAGAAUGAGGAGGAGUUGGAGAAGUGUCCCAUGUCCCUGGGAGAAGAGGAGGUGCGGGAGACCCCGUGUGAAAUCCUUUACCAGGCCAUGCUGUAUAACCUCCCCCAGUACAUGAUUGCUCUGCUGAAGAUUCUCUUGGCGGCAGCCCCAACUUCCAAGGCCAAGACAGAUUCGAUCAACAUCCUGGCAGAUGUCUUGCCCGAGGAGAUGCCCAUAACUGUGCUCCAGAGUAUGAAGCUGGGCAUUGAUGUGAACAGACACAAAGAGAUUAUUGUAAAGAGCAUCUCUGCUGUGCUGCUUCUGCUGCUGAAGCACUUCAAACUCAAUCACAUCUACCAGUUUGAAUAUGUGUCUCAACACCUGGUGUUUGCCAAUUGUAUUCCCUUGAUCCUGAAAUUCUUCAAUCAAAAUAUCUUAUCCUACAUCACAUCCAAAAACAGCAUCUCAGUCCUGGACUAUCCCUCCUGUACCAUCCAUGAUUUACCAGACCUUACUGCUGAAAGCCUGGAAGCAGGAGACAACAAUCAGUUCUGCUGGAGGAACCUGUUUUCCUGUAUCAAUUUACUCAGGCUGCUUAACAAACUGACCAAAUGGAAACAUUCCAGGACCAUGAUGUUGGUGGUGUUUAAAUCUGCCCCCAUCCUCAAGCGGGCACUCAAGGUCAAACAGGCCAUGCUGCAACUCUAUGUGCUGAAGCUGCUGAAGAUGCAGACUAAGUACUUGGGUCGACAAUGGAGGAAAAGCAACAUGAAAACCAUGUCGGCCAUCUAUCAGAAAGUGAGGCACCGCAUGAAUGAUGACUGGGCAUAUGGCAAUGACAUUGAUGCCAGGCCAUGGGACUUCCAGGCAGAAGAGUGCACCUUAAGGGCCAACAUCGAGUCUUUUAACAGCCGGCGCUAUGACAGACCCCAGGAUUCAGAGUUUGCACCUGUGGAUAACUGCUUGCAGAGUGUCCUAGGGCAGAAGCUGGAACUCCCUGAGGAUUUCUACUAUUCAUAUGAGCUCUGGUUGGAGAGGGAGGUGUUUUCACAGCCCAUCUGUUGGGAGGAGCUACUCCAGAGUCACUGACUGGGCCCUCAUCUGUCUCCCACACACAGUGUUGAAUGCCAUGGGGAAAACACCCACACAUACAUACACACAAAUGGGAUCCUGCCCACUCUGCUUCUUCUACCUUUUAGAAGCUCCCCUAAUUUUAAUUCAAAGCCAAAGCUCUAGGUCCAGAAUGGGGAGAAGUUGGUUUGAGGGGUUUAGGGGGAGGGAGAGAGCUGUCUCAGCCCUAGAUCCUUCUUUGCCUACCCAUCCUCUGGGAAAACUUGUCUAAAUCCAGGACAGACCUGGUGGGGUCAGAGCAAGGGGUGGAAGACAGGAAACUGGGACCAAAACAUGCUCCCUUAGAGCUGAUUUCCAAGAUCCAGAAUGGCCUUGAAUACUAAUGAGCCUUAUGAUGGGGGUGGGGUGGGUUCCACACCAGGAAUACUCUGGAGAAGAUCCUGGGUAGGUUGCUCCCUAUUUUCCCUUUGCCUUUGGUGGCUAGGAGAGCAUUUCUUAGGCUCCCUGGGGCCUUCCGACCCAUGGCAUUCACUCCAGUGUAAGACUUGAAGCCCCUAUUCUUCCAAACUAGGUUAACUAAUGAUGUCGAAUGAAGGAAGACGAAGUGUUUUUGUGGUUAGUCCUGGGUUUCUUAAGACUUCACCCGAGGUUUUCCCCAAAUGCCAGCUUUGAAAUUGGGUUCUCGGGGGCAGCUAGGUGGCACAGUGGAUAGAGCACUGGCCCUGGAAUCAGGAGUACUUGAGUUCAAAUCCGGCCUCAGACACUUAACACUUACUAGCUGUGUGACCCUGGGCAAGUCACUUAACCCCAAUUGUCUCACUAAAAAAAAAAAGGAAAGAAAUUGGGUUCUCUUUUUAAUCUCUUUCAAAGAUGUCUCAGGCACCUGUACCCAGUCAAACCAUAUAGGACCCUUAGGAAGUCAGUAUUAUAGCAAGGCCAUUUGGGGAGGCAGUCAAGCCUGAGGAUGGAGGACAGAGGCUCCAUAUAUGCAUGCACUGCUCCCCACCCCCAUGAGCACACACAUGCAUGCUUCUAAAAAUCAUCUACUGUAAGUAGAGCUACAUAAAAGCUCCAGUUAAUAAUGCAGCAUCUCAAUAGAUCCCCCCCCCAGGAUAGAUCUGGUCAUCAAUAUAGGGCUGUUCCUCAACUGGAGAAGAUAGAGUGCUAUUCCUCAAACCCUGCAUGUGGGAGUAUGAUCUAUUGUAUGUAAUGAUUGUUUUCUUUGUUCCCUAAAGAGUCUGUACUGGGUUUCUAAAUGAUUGCUCUGCCUCCUCUGUUAGAUUCCAAUACCAUUUUAAGGAAGAGACAACCAAUAUGGAACAGACAGGUUUCCUCAGAAAAUGUUUUCUAAUUCUCUAACUUCCCCAGCUCCUGAAUGCUCAAUCCUCGCAGAAAAUUACCCUUUUUGGCUCACUUCAUUUUUCAAAAGACAAGUUAACCACAGGAGAGGAUGGUUAUUCUAUGAAAAUCGUGUCAUCUGUCCUGCAGAUCGAUUUCUUUUUUAAUUGAAUGGAACAGCAAAAACAGCCCAGCUUACCUUCCCCCCCCCCCACUUCCAACUUGAUUAAUCCUCCUACCCCUGCAAUUUCAGUGUCCUGGAGAGAUUUAGCAAUGUUGCUUCUACCUAAAACCAUUAAUGCCUCUUCAGAAACCCAAGGGCUGGUGUGCCAAGCUGCCUUGUCUUCUCUAUACUAUAAUAAAACCACCAGCUUCCUGACAGAAAGAAAGCUGAACAGCCUCUCUCCUCAUACAAUAAGGACCAAUUGCGCCCCCUGCCCAACAAGAUACCCGACGGCCUUAUCUUUUUCAAAUCAUGCCUCCCAAGAUGUUCUUUCUCUGUGACUCCAGUAAAGCUGCUUUAAGGCUCCUGCAGACGCUGGCUAUAUUCACUCCUUCCCUUGUGAGGAGGAGAGACUGUUUCACUCAUGGUGUUAUUAAUGUUACAGCAUGUUGUUAUUGAUGCUCGACUCAAUGUAAUAAAAAUGUAUUAAACAGCUCCAGAGGCAGCAUGCUGAAUUACAGUACAGAGGUGACUAACACCACGCUGGCCAGCAACACUCCCCAGUGCUGAGAUGA